GAACACUGGGGUGAUUAGGGUCUGUGGCCAGGCUCAGAAACAAGAGAGCUUAUGAGGAAAUGUGGGAAAGUAACAGCAGUAUGGAACAAUGCACAUAAUCCCACAGAGAGGGGUACAAACAAACUGGAAGUUGGUGGUGGCUUUGGUUAUCCAUGGCUGAUCACAUGGUCGCACUGGCCACUGGUCUAUCUGCUGUACUUCUCUUUCUAGUGCUGAUUGGCCUGACAGCAUAUCUCUUAUGGAAGAAGAGACAGGACCAAAGACAGGACAGACUCAUCAGCACUAAUCCAGUUAUUCCUCCAUGCACGCCUGUGCUCCAAACAUCACAAAGUAGCAACUAUGGUUUGGCUGAAGUUCCCUUCUUUCUGCCACCGAGUUUCAAGACUUCAUCCCAUUCAGCAGUGCCUGAAGGGAGGGAGGAAGAGGAGCAAUGGGAACAGCAUCCACAUCUGCAUAGCCAGCGUGGUUCUUUAACAAUAGGCAGCUGGUUCCCACUGGGCAGCCUGAGGCCAGAUCUGUACCAGCUUCCUGAAGAGCCAAGCGAGUGGGCACAGCCCAGUGGCUCCACUGUACGCCUAUGUUUUGCUGUGCAGUAUCAGCAAGAACAAGAGCAGCUGGUGGUCUCCCUGCUCCAAGCUGCCAACCUGCCUGCCCAUUGUCAAAGCAAUGCCACACUGGUGAAACUACAGCUACUGCCAUCUGAAGAUCGACACCAUCGUCAGGCCAAGGCCAGAUGUAAAGGCUGCCAACCACAGUUCAAUGACACCUUUGUGUUUCAGGUGUCUAGUAACAAUGUGGACCAGUUCACUCUGCGCAUGAGUUUGUACACCGUGGACAGACUGAAGAAACACCACCUGGUGGGCCAUGUUCUGUUCCCUCUCAUACACUCUGAACUGCAAGAGGCAGUGGGCAAAGUCCUGUGGAGAGACCUUGAGACUGAGAGUGAUCUGCCACUUUCAAAGCACGGCAAUAUCCAAGUGUCUUUGAACUACAGUCAUUCUCUACAGCGCCUCACUGUGGUUGUGCUUAGAGCCAGAGGACUCCAAUGUCCCAUUAAUGCUGAUGUCUCUGUCCAGGUUUCUCUGCAGAUACACACUCAGGUAGUGAAAACAAAGUGGACAACAGUAACCAGAGGCACCAACCCAACUUUUAAUGAGAAGGUGACAUUCAGGCUUCUCCCUGUGCAGCUAGAUGCAGCUUGUCUGAGCCUGGAAGUCCAGCAGGUAGCCAGUGAAGAACCUGCUGAAGUGCCAAGCAUUAGGACAAAGACAUCUAUAUCGCUCGGACUCGUGGUCAUCGGACCGUUUAUGUAUGCCAGAGGCAGAGAGCUGGAUCAUUGGGAUGAGAUGAUUAGUAAAUCACAGGAACUGGUCAAGCAGUGGCAUGGGCUGGGAGCAGCUAACACCACUCACAGACCAACCUGAGCUGAAACUGAAAGUUCAGUUCAGGAGAAAGGACAACAUUUAUUUAAUGUAUUUAAUAUAUUUAAUGGUAAAGAUUUCACAGUGGUUAUAAACAAAUGGUAAGACAAUUGUAAUAAUGAGAGCAGUAAAAGCAAAUGAGUUAGAAAAGCUAUAGCAGAACUGAUAUUCAAAUACUCUGAAAAGUCAUACUUAACACCUGA